UUCUUCUAGAAUUAAUCAUUCAAUCCACCCAGAACCUUCUACGAACAACCACAAAGUCUCCCUCUCUCCACUCCCUUCUUUCUCUCUCUGCUUUUUAACCGGAGCCUUCUAAGAACAAAACUCUUUUAAAAUUUCCGUGUUAAAUAAUUUUCUAAAAUCGCGUUUUUUUUUUUUUUUCAAAUAGUGAACCAAACACGACCUAGCUUUUCAGAUUUUGUAUCUGCAAGAGCAAGUUAUGGCUGCCGGAGAAUCGCAGAGAUGUCUGCCGACGCCAUUUCUGACGAAGACCUACGAAUUCGUCGACGAUUCAUGCAUCGACGACUUGGUUUCGUGGAACGAAGACGGAACAACUUUCAUUGUUUGGCGACCAGCUGAAUUUGCCAGAGAUUUGCUUCCAAAAUUCUUCAAACACGACAAUUUCUCAAGUUUCGUUCGUCAGCUAAACACUUACGGAUUCAAAAAGGUUGGGUCUGAUCGGUGGGAAUUUGCGAAUGAAUGCUUCCAGAGAGGCCAGAAGAGACUGCUCCGAAACAUACAACGCCGUAAAAUCUCUCUGUCAGCGGCGACUGCACAGGCCGUGACGGUGACGGUGUCGCCGACGAAUUCCGGCGACGACCAAGCUCUUUCGUCCAACUCAUCGCCUGCGGCGACACCGACUCGUGUCGUACAUCGCCGUACAAACUGUACUACGGCGGAGCUUCUGGAAGAGAACGAACGGCUCAAGGGAGAGAAUAAACAAUUGUGCCAAGAAUUGAAUCGAUUGCGGAGACUGUGUGAUAAUAUAUGUGCUUUGAUGACGAGCUAUCCUUCCAGCCAGCAGGAGACCAGUGGACUGAUGGAGGGAAGAGCUUUGGAUGUGUUACCCGUGAGUCGGUUCUCGGCGGAAGAUGACGGCGGCGCCGCCGCGAGGGCGGAGGAGGAAAUGAAGCCGCGGUUAUUUGGAGUGUCCAUCGGCGUGAAGCGCGAGUAGAAGUGACGAUGAUUCGAUGAAGAAGGAGAAAACAAAGGAGGAGAUCAGAUACACCGGUUAGAACGGAGGUGAAAUGAGGAACGUCGAUUUGGGGGCAAUCAUUAUCAGAGAGUCUCGUUAAUAAUCCACGAACCGAGAUCAAAAGAGAAUGAAAGUGGAUCAAUGUGGAUUCUCUACACGUGUUGUGGUGUCACACCCGUGAGUGUGUGAUUCAGUGACAUGAAGGCUUGAAGCUGUGUUGUAUUGAUAUUAGAAGAAGUUUAUUAGCCAUCCUCAAGUGUAUCAAAAUAGGUCAUAACUUUUCAUUAACAAUGUAAUUGAACAGCUCGUUCAAUAUUUCAUUUGUAAAAUAGCAUGAAGUAACAGGAUGACACGAUGGGAGAUUUUCAUUUUAAA